AAACCCCCAACUCCAUCGACAUCCUGGACCAUCCACUGAAAUCUGUUGGUCUGAGCUCCCCCGGUGGCCGGUACCCCCACCCCCCACGCCACGACCAAGAUAAUAGACAUUCUCAAAUUGACCAUUUUGUAUAAACUCCCCCCAAAUAAUUCGAGGCUCCAGCAAAACAGUGAGCAGGAAAAAUCCUUCUUCUACUCUGGUUCCUAACCUUCAUUGGGCAUCUCUUUGCACCUGGAGUUGGGGCUCUGCUGCUGCUUCUGUUUUCCAAAUAUGGAGCAUGUUCUUUUUUGAAGAACUUGGAUAUGUGCAAGCUCAUUUGGUCAGUUAAUACUCUGACACCCUGCUAUACUAUACUCUGCUCUGCCAUCUCAUUCACACUCGUAAAUGUUUUUAUCACAGAUGACAGAUCGUUAUAAUCGUGUAGGAGAGCUUUGGUUUAGAAUUUAUAUUAAUGAUCAUAAUAUUCUAAGACAAAACUCUAGUCUCCCAAUGAUCCACACACAGACAUAGUUAUUACUAGGAGUUGUACCUAAUAAUAAAGAAGCGACCGCCGACCAUGGAGAUUGAACCUCUGAGCAUGGGCAACGAGGUGAUUGAAUUUGACCUGAUGGGUCUCGCUGAUGACGCCGUCGACAUUGAGCACCCUGUUGACGAUGAUGAAGACCUUCUUGACAAUUCAGCUACCACUGCUGCUGUCGGGUCCGCUAGUCAACUUUACAUCCCUCAAGGUGCUGCUGACACUGAUCUCGAACCCUACGAGGGCAUGGAAUUCGAAUCCGAAGAGGCUGCCAAGGCCUUCUACAAUUCCUACGCUCGCCGUGUUGGCUUCAGCUCCCGUGUCAGCAUGUCCCGCCGCUCCAGACGUGAUGGUGCCAUCAUUCAGAGAUCUUUUGUGUGUGCCAAAGAGGGCUUUCGUGUUGACAAGGACAAGCCUGGCCGUGACCCAGCCAGGGUCAAACGCCCCCGGGCUGAAACCCGCGUUGGUUGUAAGGCCAUGUUGGUUGUCAAAAUUCAAGAUUCUGGUAGAUGGGUUGUUUCCAAUUUUGUCAAGGAACACAACCAUGAGCUCGUUCCCGCGGAUAAGGUGCACUGCCUCCGCUCCCACCGUCACGUCUCUGGUUCUGCAAAGUCCUUGAUAGAUACCUUGCAAGGUGCUGGGAUUGGCCCCAGUGGAAUUAUGUCUGCACUCAUCAAAGAAUAUGGUGGCAUCAGCAAUGUUGGUUUCACAGAGCGUGACUGUAGGAAUUACAUGAGGAGUAGUCGGCAGAGGACCCUUGGAGGUGACACCCAGCUCCUCUUGGACUACUUGAGAAACAGGCAAGCUGAUAACCCUUCUUUUUUCUAUGCUGUGCAGGGAGAUGAGGAUCAGUGCAUGAGCAAUAUUUUCUGGGCUGAUCCCAAGGCAAGGACUAACUACACUUACUUCGGAGACACGGUUACUUUUGACACGACUUACAGAUCAAACCGCUACCGGUUGCCCUUUGCGCCUUUCACUGGAGUUAACCAUCAUGGACAACCUGUGUUGUUUGGUUGUGCUCUCCUGAUGAAUGAAUCUGAGGCAUCCUUUGUUUGGUUGUUUAAGAUGUGGCUUGAGGCAAUGUCUUGGCGGCCUCCAGUCUCAAUAACCACUGAUCAUGACAGGGUAAUUCGCUUGGCUGUUACCCAGGUCCUUCCUGAGACCCGUCACCGAUUCUGCAAGUGGCAUAUCUUUAAAGAAUGCCAAGAAAAGCUAUCCCAUGUGCUUUCUGAACAUCCCAAUUUUGAAGCAGAGCUCCAUAAGUGUGUCAACCUGACAGAAUCCACUGAAGAGUUUGAAUCUUGUUGGCUAUCUCUAAUUGAUAGAUAUGAUCUCAGGGGACAUGAAUGGUUAGGAACAAUUUAUGCCGACAGGGGGCAGUGGGUCCCGGUAUACUUGAGAGAUGCAUUCUUUGCUGAAAUGUCAAUAACACAACAUAGUGAUAAUAUAAACUCUUAUUUUGACGGAUAUGUCAAUGCAUCAACAACCCUACAGCUGUUUGUUAAGCAGUAUGAAAAGGCUCUCGAAAGUCGCUAUGAGAAAGAAGUCAAGGCAGAUUAUGACACUAUAAAAACUGCUCCAGUCCUUAAAACCCCAUCGCCCAUGGAGAAACAGGUAGCUGAGCUUUACACAAGGAAAUUAUUUAUAAAAUUCCAAGAGGAGUUGGUUGAGACAAUGACUUUCUUGGCAACCAGAGUUAAUGAUGAUGAGGCAAUUACAACAUAUCGAGUUGCUAAAUUUGGAGAAAUUCAUAAAUCUUACUUUGUUACAUUUAAUGUUCGUGAGUUACAAGCAACUUGCAGUUGCCAGAUGUUUGAGUUCUCUGGUCUUCUUUGUAGACAUAUACUGACAGUUUUUAGGGUGACAAAUGUUCUCACUCUACCAUCCCGUUAUAUUUUGAAACGUUGGACAAGGAGUGCCAAGAGUGGUGUCAUAUUGGAGGAACGUGCCAGUGAUCUGUUGAAUGGUGCACAAGAAUCUCUUUCUGUUCGGUACAAUAAUCUUCGUCAUGAGGCCCUUAAGUAUGUUGAUAGAGGAGUUAAAACUGCAGAAAUUUACAUUGUGGCAAUGGAUGCUCUGCAGGAAGCUGCAAAUAAAGUUGUUCUUGCCAAAAAGAAUAGCGGGAAAAGCACUUUUGUCAAUGCAAGUGGCAGAGAAGAUUGCGCACAUCAAGGAAUUCUACCAAUUAAUACCUGUGGGGAUCAUCAAUGUGAUUUAGAACAACCUCUCUCUGUGGAUGAGCAAGACAGGAAGAUCCUAAAGCUAUUGCGACAACUUGAGCGUGCACGGCGAAAAUGUGAUGUGUAUCGGGCCAAUUUGCUUUCAGUUUUGAAAGAUAUUGAGGAACAGAAAUUACAGCUUUCAGUUAAAGUUCAAAACAUUAAGUUAGCAACGAAAGACUGAGAUCUGAAUGGCAUUGACGUUAUCCGAAUGCGCGUGUCUACUUCAGUAAGGUCUCGUUUUGCUGUUGACUGGCACAUGAAGAAGCAGGGAGGGGAGGGGGGAUGACAUAGUUUUACUUUUACUUAAUUGAUUUCAUAUUAGAAAAAACUUCAAUAUUGAAAAUUCCCGGGAAUGAUCAAAUUGCUUUGUCAGACCCGUGUACGUGAUUUUCCCCACCGGUGGAAUAUGGAAAUUGCUGUAAUCCUUUUUCUGAAGAAUGUAAAAUGGAAGUGACAAAUGCUUUAUAUUUUGAAAAAUUA